UGUUAACCUCAUAUGUGACAUUCUUGUCAGUAUUUUAUAUCUUUUUCCAAUAAUAUUGAAUCGUAUAAUUUAAGAAAAUGGCUGUUGGACUAUACAAACUGUCCCAGAAAAACAGAAACACCCUAGCAUCUAUCAUAUAUUUUAUGUGCACAUUGGAAAUGGCGAUUGGGUUCUGCAUGGCAGGUUCUUCAUUUUACACGAUGAUAGUAGUCUCACCUAUUAUACACAGCGAAAAAUCCGAGGUGGAUUUUGCAUUUGCAAUCACAGGAAUAUUUGGAACCCACAUAAUUAUACAACACAUCGUUGGUUAUAAAGUUUGUUUUAAGUGUUUCAAGCAGGCGUACAAGAAAAGCACGAAGAGCUUAUUGUUCCUUUGGUCAUGUAUAGGUGCUAACAUGACGCUGAACCUACUCAUUGUAUGUCACUACUUGAGAAAAUUGAAAGGUCAUAUCGCCAAAUCUGUAAAACAGUCGUUUAUGAUUGGAAUGGGCCAUUACCUAAAAGAUAUCACAUGGAAAGGAACUAUAGAUAAACUGCAGUAUGAUAAUCAGUGUUGUGGGAUAUUUUCUUUUGAAGAUUGGGAGGAAAAGGCGUGGUUGACUAAAUAUCACGUGAAUGCGGAAUGCGAUACUAUUAAAGACGGUAUGAUUUCGGGCAGAGACGUACUUAGCCCUUCUCGUCAACUGGAGAGUACCGUAUCAGUGAAGACAUCUUGUCGCUCCCUGUAAUUCCGUGGAGUUGCUGCAGAACAGAUUUUCCUAUGCAAUGUCUCCACGACCCUUUGCAACAGCCACAGUUUGCACACGUAUGGGUCGACGAACCAAACAUUGUAAAAGAAUCUAUCAAUACGAAAGGGUGCCUAGAUGCAUUAACCAAGCUCAUAUUCAUCUUUAUUAACACAUACAUCUGUAUGACAGCAUUAGUGUUUCUAUUACAGUUACUUGUAUUUCUGGUCCUAAGAAUAAUGUACACAUCGGCAAGAAACGCAAUUUUAUUGAAUAACUCCGAGGGCAUUGCGCCAGGUUGGAUCUUCGGCAGAGGAGACUGCGGAUAUACUGGAGGAUGGACACUCACUGAAAUCAUGGGCCCUUUACCACCACGAACAGAAGAAAAUGUGACUAAGCCGACGAUUAAGAAGUCGAGGUUCAAAUGUUUCGCAAAGGAAAAGAAAAUAGCCGGUGACGCUACAGAAACUACAUUAGAUAAUGUGGAGAGUGCACCAACUCAGAUUAAUGAUACUUCAACUGUAGAGCCAAGUCGCCAAAACAUGGAAGACGAGUUGAAGAGGCUGAAGCAAUAGUAGCACAUACAAUGUAAUUUAGGAAAUAUAGAGUGAAAAAUAUACAUAUUUUGCAAACUAAUUUAAAUAUCAUUUUUUAUUAGUAAGUUUCAAAUUCGACUCUCACCAUUCGGAUCCCGGUAAUGGCGUUUAAAUAGAGGCAAAGUUGAGCAUUAGACAAGUAAGAAACGACACUUAUAAAGUUUUGCAAUUCCGAAUAUUUCCGAAGAU